AUGUGUGAGCAAACGCCACCUUCCAAGGAAACCUCUGCUGACCCGUGCAUGCGUUUCUUCUGUGGGAUGUGUGAAGUGGUUUUUGCGGAGCAGCUGUGGAAGAGAAGACGGCGUUCCAGCAGCAGUUCCUCCCAGAGUUCGUCUCGCAGGAGAAGGAGCCGAAGUGCGGACAGAGACAAAGGAAGAAGCCACCGCUCACACAGAUCCCGCAGCCGGGAGAGAAGGUCUCAUUCUCGUCACCGACGGUCUCGCAGCAGGAGCAGCAGCCGCGGCCACCGAACAAGCCACAACCGCAAAAAGAGCCGCAGCAACAGCCGGGAGCGGGACAGGAGUCGGCGCAAGGGCCGCGACCGGGACAGGGAGAAAGAGAGGGAGCGAGACCGAGGAAAAGACCGAGACAAGGACAAGAGUAAAGACAAGAAAGGGGAUUCUGGGAGUAUCAAAGACAAAUUAGAGCAUCUGACUCCAGCAGAGCAGGCGAAGGUUCGAAUGCAUUUGGUCCUGCAGGCAGCAGCUAAGACAGAUGAAGUUCUGAAGGCCAAAGUAGCCAAAAGAGAAGAGGAGGCUCGAAAGAAGCUUGAAGAAGAGGGAACCUCUCUGGAGGAGCAAGUGCGAAGAAUAAAGGACAUCGAGGCCAUCGAGAGCGAUUCCUUUGUUCCUCAGGCUUUCAAAUCUUCCCGGGAUGACACAAAGCUUGUUGCAGCUCAGAAGAAGCAGGAAUCGGAGAGCGCUCCCUCUCAGGACUACUCCCUCCCGAUGUCUAUAGUCUAUGAUGACAGCGGCACCCUCGCUCAUCCCAGUUUGUUCAUGGAUAAAGAGACGACUGAAGAUCUCUGGCUGAGCAGAUUGAAUUCACUGCGACAGGAACGACUGAUGGGGAGUCCUGUAGCCUGAAGACCAACAGCGUCCAACAAGAGCAUUUUGUUCCCAGCGUGGUUUUUAGUUCAGGUCUUCACUUUCAGUCUCAUCGUGUCGUCUUUUGGAACAUCACAACAAUGCCUGUCCCCACUUUUGUGAAGCUUUUUUCUGAUGUUGAUGAUUUUGAUUUGGUUAUUUCUGUUAUUGUUAGAUGUUUUUUUUUUUUUACAUAGAUGUGAACUUUGACACAUUAUGUUUUAUCUUUCAAUAAAAAGUUAAUUGUGACUGGGUACAUUGUAAUAAAAUUUACUAAUGACUCUUUCCUUAACAAAAAAAACUGUGGCUCUUGUUGAGUUUCUAAAGUUAAAUAAGUAUAUUUACUGCUCCAGACAGAAGUUUGCAUAUCCUAAUCAUCUGCAAUACCAUAAUUAUAUAUGACUUUAAUGAUCUGUUUGGAUUGUUGUUCAGGGUGGAGUGAUAAUGCAACUUUUUUUAGAGAAUGGACAUUUGAAUUUGGAUCAGAAUUUAAUUUUUAGCAGAAUUUGUAAAGAUAUGUACAAAUAAAUACAGUAUUACAAUUACCCUCCAUGCAUUUAAUUUCAGGAAAGCUUAAUGUUUGCCUGUGUAUACGUUCCAAACCCAGCUUUUCUGAGUGUUUGGGCUCCUCAUCCUGUUGGAAAUUUCAAUCUUUUCUCAAUUUCAACUGUGGCUUCUGAUUUAAGAUUACAUUUAAGAAUUUAAAGGUCUACAAUAUUCCCCCCACCAGUGCCACUGACAAUGAAAAAAAAAAACCUCAACAUGGUGCCAGCACCACUCAGUGUUCUGACAUCCUCCAAACACAGUCCUUGUAAUUGUAAUGUAGGAGUUCAAUCUGUUCCUCCUCGGAUUAUAAAAACUAUAUACAUACAAACUCUAGUCAAUCUUAAAGGUGUUGAUUUGUCUGGAGCAAAUACGUCUUUCUUGGUGCACCAGUGAUACAGGUAAUCAACCAGCUUCUAGUUUAUGAUCAGCUAAACUUGGUUGUUUAUGAAAAUCCGAACCAGCUUCCCUUCCUCAGUUUUUUUUUAAUCACUAAAGUUAUAUGUUGUAUAGUCUUCCUUACACCUGGAAGAAGAAAUGUACAUGUAUCAUUAAACGUUUAGCACGACUGACUGGAUAUAAACUUCUGACCAAAACUGUAA